UCCCCUCCCAGCCCCUUAAAAACAUUUUCCUUCUUUUCGUUUCCAUUGAUUUCUUCAACUGGCUAAGACGACGGGUCAGUUCUUGCACAACAUAGACUGAAUCCACAAAGGGAAUAUAUUUACGCUAACAAUUAGUUGUAAUUAUGUUGGAGAUGCUAGAGUACAGUCACUACCAGGUGCAGACCCACCUGGAAAGCCCAUCGAAAUACCACAUCCAUCAGACCCAGAGGCAGCAGGUGAAGCAUUACCUGUCCAGUGCACUGGGAGCCAAGCUAAGCCCACAGGCCAACACAGGGCCCGGCCCCAGCCAGCCCACAGAACACGGCAUGCCCCCUGGACCAGGAGCCAGCGCUCCUAAUAGCCCCAUGGCCCUUCUCACCCUCAACUGUGAGAAAGAGAUGGAUGACGUAAUUGAAGACAUCAUAAGUUUGGAAUCGAGCUACAACGAUGAUAUUCUGGGGUUCAUGGAUGCAGGACUUCAAAUGACUAAUGCGAUUCCAGUUUCUGCAAACCUGUUGGACAUGUACAACAAUCAUGCUGGGGUUCCCAUUAACAACUCCUGCUCUAACCUGCCAUCCGUCAAAAGGGAAUUAUCCGUUACCCCAGCACCUGGCAUGAUGCACAUAAUGGACAAGUCUGGACCAUGUGGCAAGUUUGACACUUAUCAAAGGCCUGAAGGCUUUCCAGUAGAAUCAGAGGUCAGAGCCUUGGCAAAAGAGAGACAAAAGAAGGACAACCACAACCUCAUUGAACGAAGAAGGCGUUUUAAUAUUAAUGACAGAAUUAAGGAGCUGGGGACAUUAAUUCCCAAGUCAAAUGAUCCGGACAUGAGGUGGAAUAAGGGGACCAUCCUGAAAGCUUCAGUGGAUUAUAUCAGGAAACUGCAGAAAGAGCAGCAGAAAGCAAAAGAGCUGGAAAACAGACAAAAGAGACUAGAACAUGCAAACAGACAUCUCCUGCUUCGUAUUCAGGAACUUGAGAUGCAAGCCCGUGCUCAUGGACUCGCCGUUUUACCCUCUACCAGCAUUUAUUCCUCUGACCUGGUGGCUCGCGCUAUCAAACAAGAGCCCGGAAUGGGGAACUGCACGUCCGAUUUGUACGCACACCUCCCCAGUCCUGAUAUAUCCCGUCCCACCACUCUGGACCUCAACAGCGGCACCAUCAGCUACAACGACAGCCCCACGGAGGAAGAAGAACCGGGGGUCUACGACAGCCCCAACAAGACCUCUGCCAAGCUGGACGACAUGCUUAUGGACAACACCCUGUCUCCAGUGGGCAGCAGUGACCCCCUGCUAUACUCCGGCUCCCCCGUCCCAUCUAACAGCACCGACAGCAGCAGUAUGGAUGAACAUGAAAACGGCUGUUAGCAUUGCAGACAAACUUCGACGAACCAAAGUUAGACGAUUAGAUAUUUUUAUAUAAUUAAUUGUUGCUGUACCAAUGAUACAUUCAGGUGGUUUCCUUACAAUCCAGAUCACGUGUAACAUUAAGAGCACUUUUAAGUACAAUACUUAUCUUGUAUUUCUGAAUAUUUAGUGUAUAUAUGUUUUUUUUUUCAUAUAUCAUUUUUGAGUUUACUAGUUAAGAAUGACUGAUUUUAACAAUUUCUUGAUUUACCACAGGAUUUCUCUUCAGGAUAGCUAGAAUAAACAGCUAGAGUUGGCUUGAUAUUGUCUACAAAUGCAUUUUUUUUUUUUGGGGGGGUACUUUUGGUGGAGGUGGAGCAACCAGUAACACAUGUCUAGGCAUGUUCAGUUCAAUGCAAAGCAAGACUGCUGAAAAAGAGAAACACAGAGGUCUGAUAGCAGCAAUCUAAUUUAGUACUUCCAAUCUGUAGCAUUAAUUCAUUGAACUUUUUUCAACAAAUGUUUGUUGAUGAUAAAAUUAAACAUGUUGGCCAGUGGUUACCAUCUAAUGGUCAUAACAUACAGGUAUGAAGUCUGUGUGCCUGUCAGAUUCCUCGUUUAACCAUGAGAGAGUUGUUGGAAAUUUGGAACAUUUUAGAUUUGUACUGUCACUGUCUGGUUUGAUUUCAGUACAAUAUUUAGCAUUGCAGAUUUGAUCAGUCAGGCACUGUUUUUAAUCAGUAAUCUGUGAUUAUUAUGUGCAAUGGGCUUAGACAGUAUACUAACAUUAUCAGUAGGAUGAAUGUCAAAAUCCUGACUUAUGAUAAUGUAUGAAAGACUUGCUAUUGAACAGCUAAAUUACAAUUGUUGCCUUUGUAUAUAUCAGCUCAUUGGCAGUCCUACUGCAAUUGAUGGAAGUCUACUUCCAUUUUUUAAAGGUCAAAUAAAGUCUCAAAAGUGGUGUAGUUUUAUUUAUGCAACAAAUCGUUGAUGAAGACAGGAGUGAACAUUUAUAUCAGAUUCAAAUGUAGUCAUUUUCUCAAUCUCUAUUUAUGCAUUGUUAGGUCAUUUUUAAAUAUACAGUACUGUAAUAUCCUUAAUGUAUGCAUUUUUCUCUAAAUUUCUCU